GAAAGCAUAGCAAAGUGAGAAAAGAUAAAUCAACCCGAAAGGAAUGGGAGAAGCAAGUGCGAGAGUGAAGUCGAUCUUCGUAUAUCCUAUAAAAUCUUGUCGAGGGAUUGCAGUUGCUCAAGCAUCCAUCACCUCUACUGAUAUAAAAAUGAUAUUACGACUUUAGGAACUAUCACGAAUGACGGGUAGUUCAAUGUCGAAGGUGCAAAUGCACUUGAGUUUCUUUGAGCUCAUAAUGUGCAGGAUUUCAGUGGGAUAGACAAUGGAUGGUUGUCAAUGCAAAUGGAAGGAUGAUCACUCAAAGGGUUGAACCGAAGCUUGCCCUGAUUGAAGUUGAGUUUCCUGACGAAGCAUUUUCUGAGAGUUGGGAUUCUUCAAGUGACUCAUACAUGGUGGUAAAAGCUCCCGGGAUGGAUAUGUUGAAGGUUUCUUUGAGUAAGCCCCGUGAUAUGGUUGAACACAUAUCAAUAUGGAAUUGGAACGGCUCUGCAUUAGAUGAAGGAGCCAAAGCAGCUCAAUGGUUCUCAAAUUACCUCGGUAAAACGAGUCGGUUGGUGCGAUUUGAUCCAGCAUCACAAAGUAGAACAACAGAUCCUGACUAUGCUAAUGGAUACAAAACCAUGUUUUCUGAUGAGUAUCCGUUCAUGCUGAUAUCCCAGGGAUCACUAGAUGCGCUGAACAAAAUGCUGAAGGAGCCAAUACCGAUAAAUCGUUUCAGACCCAACAUUCUUGUUGAAGGUUGUGGACCAUUUUCUGAGGACUUGUGGAAGGAGAUCAAAAUUAACAAGUUUACGUUUUAUGGUGUAAAGCUUUGUUCACGGUGCAAGAUACCAACAAUCAAUCAAGAAACCGGGAUUAUUGGUUCAGAGCCUACAGAAACUCUCAAGGGAUUCAGAUCAGAUGAAAUCUUGCUCUUGAAUAAAAAACCUCAAGGACAGGUUUAUGUCGGACAAAACUUGGUUUGCAAGGACUGCUUUACUUGUGAUAGGGGCGAUGUUAUUAAGGUUGGAGAUCCAGUGUACAUCCUGCAACAACUUUCUUCAACUGCAGAGGCUGCAGCAUAAUGUUAUGCAAAACACAAUCUGUACUGCGUUUUCUGUCGCAUAUGCCAAAGCAUAAAGGAUGUAAUGCCUUACAAGUUGUACUGAGUUUUAGGUGGAUGUUUUGCAUGUCAAACAUUGGGUUGUUGGAGUCCAGAUAGGCGUCUCAUAGUGAGAUGUCAAAAUGGCAUCUCACAAAAUUUUUGCCACCAAAGCUAAGUUAAAUUUGUACCAAAAUAGAGUCAUUGUGAUUUGUAAUACCAAUACCAAAGGUCCAAAGUAACUCUUACUUGGUACUAAAGUGUAAAUUUGGUACUAAAGUUACAUUUUGGUACCAAAUGACUCUAUUUUGAUACCACUUGACUUAUUCGUACCAAAAAAUUUGUGAGAUGCCAUUUUGGCAUCUCACAAUGAGACGCCAACACUUUCUCAGCUGGUUGUAGUAGACAAACUUUACCAGAAACUUCAUGUUCAGACCUAUUUAUCUUGUAUGAUAUCUUUCUUCCCAAAAACUGCAGUGGUCUAUGAUGUAUAUCAAACUCUUAAUGACGUAUGUAGGUGUGUCCCCUACUUCCCUUAUGCUA